GUCAGUCAACGCCAGGAUCGCGAAGGAUGAGGUGUAGGUUGCCUUUGUCCUUUGCGUUAAACAUUCCUGGACAAACGGCAACGAAGGGGGGGUGAAGCGGCACCGCUCGGCGACGACACAAGUAUAAAUGAUAUUACGUGCGUACUUAAAGUAAGUCGAUCCUUAACCUCUGGCCCGCUUGGAAGACAGGAUGAGGCCCUCUUUCCACAUUAAUAAGGAGCUACUGCCCAUGAAGGGUCACUACUUUUUGUUUAAUGCAGGUACCGGUGCAAUCGUUCCGUACCUAUCCGUCUACGCCCGGUACCUGGGCUUUUCCAGCGUCAUAGUGGGCGUCAUCUACACAUUCCUGCCGAUAUGCGGCAUGAUUGCCAAGCCGGUAUUCGGCGCCAUUGCUGAUCGCUUCCACUGUCAAAAGAAGAUCUUUGCCGGCGCUCAGCUCGUCGCGGCCGCUUCGUUUAUCGCCAUUUUCCUCGUUCCGAACGUGCCGCUGGACAGGCAGGUCCGGUACUCGUGUAUCGACAGCGAAAGCGUGUUCAACAGCUUGCCUGACGUUACCAUAGAUGGCGACUUGUUCUACCAGAUACAGAAGAAGGAGCUGUUGGCCAAAUGUCAGCUGACCUGCCAAAUGAAUAGCUCGGAUUGGGAUAUCGUUUGCAAUGAUUGGAAACUGUCUCAAUAUUGCGACAAUUUUACUCGUACGGCGACGCUCACGAUCGUCGCGAACGUGCCGUUGGAUAAAAGCGAACUAUUCGAUGACGUAGCGAUAUUCAGGGCGCCCAACCUGACCCUAGACGAUGCCGACGUCAUACCCGUAUGUCCGAGCGACGGCAUUCGCAGCGUGUGCGACGUAGAUUGCAACGACGACACCGUCAAUCGAGUACUGACCAAGUCCGAAAUCAGCGACGCGGACGUGUACUCUCGGUACCAAUUUUGGUGUUUCCUUUUCUUUAUGGUCUCCGCCUGGGUAAGUCAGGCGUUAUGCGUCAGUAUCUCGGACGCCAUCUGCUUCGAAAUGCUAGGAAAUAAACACUCCCGGUACGGCUAUCAACGGCUAUUCGGGUCCCUCGGCUGGGGCAUCGUUUCGCUGUUGACCGGAAUCCUCAUUGACGUCACGAGCAGGAAUAAGCCGUACACCGAUUAUCUCCUGGCGUUUUACUUGGCUGCCGGGUUCCUAAUUUUAGAUUUUGUCGUCUCCUGCGUCCUCAAGUACGAGCAGACGAAACUGUCGACGAAUAUCCUGAAGGACGUCGGCAAACUCGUCCUGAACAUAAGGGUGGACGUGUACUUCCUGUGGUGCGUGUCGGUCGGCAUGUGUACCGGCAUUAUCUGGAACUUCCUGCUCUGGCUGGUAGAGGAUCUGGCGAAGGCGCGGGGCCAGGGCAACGUGAAAACGUUGCAGGGCAUCUUGAUGAGCGUGCAGUGUUUGGGCGGCGAGUUGCCCUUUUUCUUCCUAUCCGGCAAGAUCCUGAAGAAGAUCGGUCACGUGAACGCGAUGUCGCUCGUGCUCGUCGUCAUCGGACUCAGAUUCAUCGUCUACUCGGUCAUUCCUGACCCGUGGUGGUUUAUACCGGUUGAGUUCAGCAACGGCCUCACUUUCGGUUUGUUUUACGCAUGCAUGGCGUCGUACGCGAGCAUAGUGGCCCCGCCCGGUACCGAAGCCACGGUUCAGGGAUUGGUCGGGGCGAUAUUUGAGGGAGUGGGAGUGUCGUUGGGCAGCCUCUGCGCGGGAAUAUCCAUACGGACGUACUCGGUAGCGCUGACAUUCCGGUACUUCGGGUUCGGCGCGUUGGCGGCGGGCCUCUGCCACGUUCUGGCUCAGUGCGUCUUGAAAACACGAGCGGGCACGACGGCGUACUCGCUCCGGAAGAAUUCGCUGCAGAAGGUCCGGGCCGAGGAUCAGCAGGAGUUGACAUCAGUCGAGCCUUUCCUACCGACUUAGCAUUGAUUUAAAUUUAGAUAAAAAAAAAGAGCGGAACGUCUGAAACGCAAUAAACUUUACAACGACGGGAUUACAUUUAAUCCUAGAAUAAAAGAACGCAGUAAACUAAUAAACCUACUCGUUUGCAAGGUCAAUUACAAGUAUUUUUUUCAAGGCGCGCUCUCUCGGAAUGUUACCGAGAAGAAGAAUCUAUCCGUACUCGGUAAUGGGGACGGCGUUAAACGUCAUUCGUGCCGCGUUGCUUAACCUCAACAGAGCGUUCCACUUUUUUUUUUUAACUUGGUGAUUUCAAGCCACAGGGUGUUUAGUUUAACGUAGCUCGUAGUAUUUAUUGUGUUACGAAAAUUGGUGCUUAAAUUUAUUGUAACGGACGUGAAACGUCCGUUAUAUAGGUAUUUUAUAUUUAUAGCGUACUGUUACGCAAUGUCCUAAGUUAGCAUAGUCAUUUUUGGGGGUAUCAUAUUUUCCUUUUGGGCGUGUAAGUGAUUUUGUAAGUUUA